CCCUACUCUAAGAAACUUCUUUGGUUGGCCUAACCUAGUUAGAACUAGUACGGUAAAGUUCCAAUAGUUAUGAGCCUGGGAUCUCUGUGAAAUACUUGAAGCUAUUCACAGAAUCAAUCCUCAUCGCGGAAACCGAUACUAGACGCAUCGAACCCAUCUCAGCGAGACAGAUCUGAUUUUGAAGCGGUUUUGGACUGGUCCAUAAGAGGCUAUCAAAUAGAAGCAAUGGACGCCAAAAAGAACACCGUUAUCUUGAAGACAUCAGACGACUGGAGAAAGUGGAUCGAGCAGUUGAGAACAGAGGCGACAAAGGAGAAUGUAUGGGAUUACAUUGAUCCUGAUCCGAAUCGAAUGAUGCUUGAGCCCGCACCAGCUAAGCCCAAAGAACCAGUUGCGCCAGAAAUCGACCUCAGCAAACCAAGUGAAGCGCAGCUAUUAUUGCAAAAAUACCAGAUUGAAGCCAAUAUAUAUGAUCGACAACUCAAUCGGUACGAAAAACACCAAAAACGCAUGAAACAGAUACGGUCGUAUAUUCUCGACACCGUGUAUAUCGAACAUAAGCCUUUGAUUCGAGACCUCAGCGAAGUUUCCGAGAUAUUGAAAAAGCUCAAGGAGAAAUUAGCUCCAAAAGAAAAUCGGGAAAAGAUUUCACUAUUAAAGCGACAUCGAGAACUUACAAUUCCGAAAAAAGGAAUGAAGCCGAAGGAAUUAGCCAAAAAAUGGAGAGAAUUGAGAAUGGAUAUGAAUCUAGCCAAGUUCGACGGCAUAUCAUCUGAACAGUUAGCAAGAGACUUUAUUGACUCGACUGAGGGAGUUCUACCCAAAUUCCAUGACACAUGGACAACCACCUUGCUUCAAUUCGACCUAGGCUCUGGCAUGAAUACAUUGGAAAAGGAACCGACAAUUGAUCAAGUUUUGGACGAAUUCGACUCAUGGACUGAGGCAUUUGCAAAGAAGGAUUCAAGUUUGAAAAAUGAUAUUGUCAUGGCAACACUUGGUAACAAAUCGGAUCAACCUGAAAAGAAGAAUGAUCGGUCAGCAACGACAAGCCCAAGACAGAUAAUAUGCGAAGAUGGGGAGCCACACGGAUUCGAGGACUGUCCAUAUAUCAACCCAGAAAAACGUACCGCCACAUGGAAGCCAGAUCCCGAUAUUAUGAAGAAAUUCGAAGCUCUUGAGAAGGAUAGGAGCCAUCCAAAGGCAAGGAAACUGAGAUGGAUCAAGAAACAACUCGAACAAAAGAAUAAGGGCAAAAAAGAAAACGACUCAUUAGCCAACGCUAAGAAAAAGGAUGAGAAACAAGAACAAUCGAACUUCUCAUAUGAUUCUGACGAAUACUGCGGCACGGUUCUGGAAAUGGCACUGACAGCCUCAACAACAAGCGCAAAUAUGAAGGACGAGUGGAUUCUUGAUAGCGGGUCAACAAUUCACAUAACAAACAAUCGGGACAGGAUAAGAGAUCUAGGAUCAGAAGUACGCUGGAUACUUGUUGGUAACACCAAGAUCAAGAUGAUUGGACCAGGGGAAGCAACCUUAUUUCCAACUGAGCCUAUAAACGAUGUCGUUAGACAGAAAGGAAUCAGGCUCAAGGAGGUCUGGUUUGUUGAAGGAAUGCACACCAACGUUGUAUCUCUAGGGCGUCUUCAGAUGAACGGCAUAAUGUUUGAUGGAAAGAAUGAGUGCCUCUGGAGCAAGAGAACGAACAAGGAUUUAUGCAAUGUCAAAUGUGAAGGAAAACUUUUCUUGCUUGAAUGGCCGAAAAACCCAAUACAAAAGAACAACCUAGCUUUUGAGCUAGCCAUGAGUUCAUUUGAGAAACAAACGUUGAAGGACACCGCACUGGUAUGGCACAAGCGAUUUGGGCAUGUGUCAACCAAGGCUAUUGAGAAACUUGAGCAGGUCACAGAAGGGGCAGUCGUCACUUCCAAGAAAGUUCUCGAACAAAAUCAAGAAGGAUUCAAGGAAAAAUGCGAGACUUGCGAGAUAAGCCAAGCUCAUAGGAAAAUCAGCAGGGUCCCGAUGACAACGCCGACAAGACCAUUCCAAGUGCUAUUUGUGGAUAUUAUUGUCAUGAAUAUGGCAAUAAACCAGGACACGUAUGCAUUGCACGGAUUCGAUCCAUACAGUAAAUUUCACUGUAUUGUGACCACAAGAACAAAGUCAGUGAAUUUUGAUCUUGAAAGAAUGAUUGAAGAAGUUGAACAUACAUUUAAGACGGCAAUUGAAGAAAUCCAUACAGAUGGAGAGUCUUCAAUAAAUGGACAAAGCUUCAAACAAUACUGUCAGGCAAGAAAGAAACGACUGACAGUAACGAUUCCGAAUACACCAGAACAGAAUGGACCUGCUGAGAAAGCUGGAGCAAUCAUCAGCUUGAGGGCACGGAGCUUGAUUCAGGAGGCCAACUUACGUGAAGGAUUGUGGCCAGAAGCCAUGAAGGCAGCAGUUUGGAUUAUGAACCGAACUCCAGUCAAAUCAUUAGGAUAUAAGACACCAUAUGAAAUAGUGCACGGAGUCAAACCGUAUGUUGGGAAUUUGUUCCUAUUCGGAUCAAAAGCAUACGUUCGAAUCGACACCAAGAAAAGUGAGAAAAUGGCUCCGCGUGCUCAGAUUGGAUAUCUAGUGGGAUAUGAAGCGCAUAAUAUAUGGCGCAUUUGGACAAUAGGACCAAAUGGAACGAAGGUCAUACGUGCACGAGACGUGGUUUUCGACGAGACGAAAAAAUAUGACCCUGAUCAUCCAUUUGCAAAGGAAAUUAUCAGAGAAGGCGUGAUAAGAUAUGUUGACAACAUCGAUAUACCGAACAUUGACGAAGCAGAUCCAGACAUUGUGUUUGACUCAGUUGACGAUGACUUGAGGCUACAACAAAGCUCCAUCUACCUAGGACCACCAAUGGCAGGAGGUAGCGCGUCACCCCAUGAACAUACGGAAAGUGAGCAACCAGCUCAGUCCUUGGAUAAGCCACAAGAUAUGGAAAUUGACAGUCCACCGACCGAGUCAGUUGGACCAACUCAGCCUCCGCAGGCCAUGGAAAUUGAUGAUUCAAAUGAGCCAGGAAGCAUGGAAAUCGAUAAAAAUGGGAGAAAUGAAGUUCAAGAUGAGAAAUCCAUGACGGAAAUUGGCUCAGCUGGGGGGGUGAAGGAUAAAAAUAAGGAUAAAGUUGAAAUCGAGAAAGAAGUUGAUGAGGAUAUUCCCAGAUCAGAUGACGGAAAAACAAAUAGUCCGAUUGAUCAGCUUCGCCAAUUACCAAAUCCCGUGACUUCAGAGAAGGAUUCUACCAAUCAGAACGCCUCAAAUCAGACAGACAAUGACGACAUUGGAACAAACAAACUGAUUACACCGCCAAACACACCGCCAAGUAACGAGCCAAUCAGAGGCCAGGGGAAUCAGCAACUCCAGGUUGCACCUAGAAACCAAGAAAUCAGUGCAGAUUUCUCAGAGACCAACAUUAUAUCUGGAUCAAGGAUUCGAAAAGCCUCAAAACGAGCACUUAGUCCAGAGAGUCUGCCUUUAUCGAAUAAACGAAGGAGAAAGCAAGAAAGAGCAUUUUUUGCACGACAAAAGUUACUACAAGAUUCAAGCCUAGCAAAAGCCUUUUUUGCCGCUACAGAAAAGCUUGAGAUUGAACCUACAGCCAGAUACCUUCCUCCAGAACCCAAGAACUGGACAGGCGUACUACGGCACAAAUACAGAAAUCAGUUCAUACAAGCUGCAAAGGAGGAAUUUGAAACGUUGAAAAGAAAAGGCACAUUCGAGUUUGUACCAAGACCUCAGAACACUCAGAUUCUACCGCUGACAUGGAUUUUCAAAUACAAAUUCGAUAAGUUUGGAAAGAUCUCCAAGUUCAAAGCUCGAAUCUGUGUGAGAGGUGAUUUGCAAACUCCAAAUGAACUGGAAACACGCGCAGCAACGCUUGCAGCCCGAGUUUUUAGGCUUAUGAUGGCACUUGCUGCAGUUUUUGACCUCGAGAUAGUGCAAUACGAUGCCGUCAAUGCAUUUGUCAAUAGUGCGUUAGAUGAGGAAGUUUAUACUUAUUUUCCAGAUGGAUUCAAGAAAGAAGGAUUGGUUAUAAAGCUUAGGCGAGCUUUAUAUGGACUACGGAGAAGUCCCAGAUUGUGGCAAAAAGAACUGACAAAGACGCUACUAAACUUGGGAUUUACACAAGUUCCUGACGAAGAAUGUCUAUUCAUCAAGAAUGGUGUUAUUCUGCUGUUCUUUGUUGAUGAUAUUCUCGUGUUCUACGACAAGGCUACGAAACAACGUGCUUUUGAAGAAAUUGAGAAAGGCCUCACGAACAGAUAUGAACUUCGGAAGAUGGACAAAUUUGAAUGGUUUCUAAACAUCAGGAUCAUUCGAGAUCGUGUCCAAAGGAAGAUAUGGCUCUGUCAAGAUGCUUACAUUAGCAAGAUAGCUGAGCGUUUUGAGCUCAACACCAAGAUGAGUGUCAAAACCCCUAUCUCGUCAGAUAUUGAGAUUUCGAGUGAUACAGCAACCAAUCAGGAAAUCCACGCAUAUCAAGAACUUGUUGGAUCAGCACUAUAUGCAGCCGUUAUGACACGUAUUGACGUUAUCAAGGCAAUCAGUGAACUUUCAAAGCAUACAAAGAACCCGUCGAAAGCUCAUUUUCAACAAAUCCGACGUGUCAUACAAUAUCUUUACAGUACCCGAUUUCUAGCUAUCGAAUACGCACCACCAGAGGAGUCGAAUAUGGAUGCUUUUGUAUGUGCUUCAGACGCUUCCUUCGGAGACAAUGUCGAUCGUACUAGCUCUGAGGGAUACUUAGUACAACUUUAUGGAGGACCUAUUGACUGGAAAGCUACAAAGCAACGAUUUAUUACAACAUCAACUACCGAGGCCGAACUUCGAGCAGCCACCGAGGCAGCUAAAAGACUUCAGGUUUGGAAAAGAGUUUUUAAAGCAAUUGACUACAAACCUGAUCGCGAGCUUUCUAUUAAGUGUGACAACAAGCAAACAGUGUCACUACUAAUUAGUGAGGAACCUCAGUUCCGAACUAAUCUCAAACAUAUUGAUAUCUAUCAUCAUUGGCUUAGACAAGAAGUUCGGGCAAAGCGACUACAGAUUGACUGGGUCGAUACAAAAAGCAUGGUAGCCGAUGGGCUUACCAAGGUCCUACGAGGUCAACGAUUCCUAGAUUGGCGUCAACACCAAGGAUUGGUCGAUAUAAGCCAUCUAAUGCAGGAAUAAAAGCUUCAAAGCUUCUAUUCCUGGGGGGGUGUGUUGGAA